UCCAUGGUCAAACGAUGCAACCUUCAGUCAAUACUAAUAAAAAAAUAGAUCCAAGCGAAAGUAGAAGGAAUUUAAUUUAACAUAUUUGAUAGAUAUCCAAAUGGAUUCAGAAGAAGAACAGAAAGUUGCGUGGACUCCAGACAUAAUUGGUCCGAUAUUCAAACACCGUCAGAAUGUCACAUUGAGAGAGGCACUGAACGCUCAUCGUGACGACAUGUGCACCCGAAUGAUGGCUACUUUCGUAGCCGAUGAACUGAUAUACGAAACUGAUUUAUCUAAAAAGAGUUUUCGAAAAUUCAAAUCGGUAAUAGCGUUAAUUGACGUUACUCGUCUUUUUAAUGGUUACGAGAAAUUUGCGAGCGCGCAUAACGGUGGUAGUUAUGCCUUAUUCGAAUUACUUAAUCGUUAUAUGGGUGUUAUGAUAGAAGAAGUAUAUACUAGCAUGGGUGAUGUGGUGAAAUUUUCUCAAGAUGGAUUGUUAGUCGUAUGGAAGGUAAGCAGGAACGAAUUUAUCUCAAGAAUGGUGUACAACGUGAUAUUAUGUGGACAGAAGAUUCAAGAUGCAGUUGGAAUUGUUAAGAACAGCAUCUUUGCACCCAAAGUGGACGUUGUAGUAGCAACUGGUGAAGUGAUAUUUUCCGUAAUCGGAUGUGAUUCUGCUAGACAGUACAUAAUAGCAGGUUCUCCGAUCGAAGAACUGAAACUUGCCAGGAGAAUUUGUCUACCUGGUGAUCUUGUAUUAUCCACGAGUGCUUGGGAGUAUUGCGCGCCUACUCAAUACGAGUAUGUCAUCAAGGACUCGAGCAAUGUCAAGAUUAUCAAAGUACUUGGACCACCCGUGGAACCUCCGAAACACUCUACUACACUAAAUGUAGAACUUCCAAGCCUACAUCGACGACGGUCUACUGUUACUACUGAGGUAACGGAAACUAUCUCAGAGCCGUCUAUGUACACUGAAAUGAACGAGAUGCCCUUUAGAGCGAGGGUGUCUGUAAUCGACGCGUAUAGACGACGUCUCGGUAAUGUCUUAAAGACCUACAUGUUAAAACCAGUUUUAAAGGAGAUUGAUAAUGAGGAGCCUUUAGAAUACCUUACCGAAGUGAGAAACGUCACUGUGGUGAGUGUUAAUAUCGUUCCAGGCAAGUGUUCUAUUUAUGAAUUGAUAUCUCUGGUUGACGAAGCUUUUAAGACUAUUCAAAGCAUAAUUGAACACUAUUCUGGAUGCAUCAACAUGAUAAAUUUAUUCGACAAAGACGUAUUAUUUAGUUUAUCGUAUGGGGUAAGCGAAUAUCGUAACGAGGAGGAUGACGAGUCUAACGCGAAAAAUGCGAUCUUUUCUGCCUGGCAAAUAAUGAACGACAUAAAGUCUCUUGGUGGGGUCAAAGGUGUCUCGAUUGGCCUGUCCAGUGGUAUGGCAUUUUGCGGGGUAAUCGGUCACACUGUUAGAAGGCAGUACAUGAUUUUUGGUACCCCAGUAGAUAAAGCCAUUUCUUUAAUGCUGAUUUCACACGACAAGGUAUCCUGCGACUACGAGGCUUACUCGGACAGUUUGCUAAGCAAACACAAAUUUCGUUCUCGUGGAAUAAAAACGUUAAGAAGAUUUGGAAAAUGUUUUGUCUAUGACUUUAUCAAUUCACCAUCAGAAGAAGAAACUAUGUCGAAUUUAGAGUAUUGCUACCCUAUUCUGGAUCGGUUUCAGGAACUGGAAUACUUCAAAGAUAUCUUGGACGAGAUUGGUGUAGUAGGAAGAAGCUACUCAGGAAUGCUUAUCGAGGGUCCUGAAAGGUCUGGAAAAUCGAGAUUGCUCGACGCAUUUAUUACUAUCGUUCGAAAUAGACAAAUUAAAGUCAUUCAGCUUGCUCUGCACCCGUCUCAUAACGAGAAAGCGUAUGCGGUGCUUUACCAUGUCUUUAUUCAAUUGUUCGAUGCAACAAACUGUCACACGAUCUACGACCGUGAAAAGGCUGUAUCGGCUCAUUUGGCCGAUAUUUUGGAGCCAGAUGAUUUCUGCUAUUUAAACUGCAUCAUGCGAGUUUGCUUUCCCCUUUCGAAAGGUUAUUGCGAGGAUACCGAUUGGAAACGUCAUACGAAAACCAUCGAAAUCUUCGAGCAUAUAUUACACAAGAUCAGUGGACGAGUGUGUAUUCUCCUGGACGAUGUACAAUUCAUGGAUCUCUUAUCCUGGCAGUUCUUCGCGGUUGCUUUAAGCAACGUAAACGUGGUUCUAGUGGUGACAUUAGUGGAACCAAUUUCAUGGGAUAAUUUGACCCAGAUCGAAGCUGGUAUUUGCCAAGAUAAAAGGCUGAUGAGCAGAACCCUGACGGGGCUGGAUUCGAAAUACAUCGCAGCCUUCGCUUGUCAGUUCUUGAAUGUUCAAGCGAUUCCUAAAAGUCUUGAGAAAGUUCUUAAAAAACGUGGCAAGACUGCGAUCAGCUGGUGCGAAGCUUUCCUGAUGUCCACUAUACAAGUUCGAGCUCUGAAUUUUAUCAGCAUUUCUCCAACGGCAGUGAGUCAAUACGACCUCGUUUUCCCUGAUAAUUCGUUAUUGGUGAAGAUACCAGCGUAUCUGACGCCCGAAGAAUUAGCACCACCCUUGCACUGGUCGCAAAUGAGCUCUUUGAACAUCUGUGUGACAUCGGACAGACCAACUGGAUUCAUAGCAUCGAAUCGCGACGUUACAGGUCUGAGGAUCGAUAUAUACAAUAGAAUGAACUCUUACGAGCAAGACUUCAUCAAGUGUGCAUCAGCAAUGGGCACUGUAUUCAUGCGUCACGUGGUGGAAAACGCGAUGGUCAAUUCCUCGCCAUUGUACACGAAAAAAGCCGUGGCAGAGAUGAUAAGGCUGAGGAUCCUCCAGUGCGCUAUGAUUCAGAGGAAGUAUUUUCACGCAGACGACUCGGUGUAUUAUUUAUUCAAAAAACGAAAAACUUUCAGUAAUAUGCAUCAUUUGGUCACCUGUGACUGCCAGUCAUCGCGUAUCUUCAUGGAUAAAACCUUGCCACACUACGCCUAUUGUAAGAUACUAGAGUUCACGAGACGCUCUUAUCGGAAGCUAUUGUACGAUAUAUUGGCACCGCACGAGAAGGAGGACUAUCACUCGAAAGCUGUGACUUUCUUCGAGCGAGAGGCUCAAAGGUGCAGCACAUGCGGCGGCGGUAGCUUUGUAAACCUUUUCUCGGCGGAGGUAUCGAAAGUACCAGUGUUACUAUUAUUCUUUCUGGCAGCUUUCGAACGUUUCCCUUCUUCUCAGAGCACGAACGGAUUUUCGAGGAACAGUGAAUUGUUGCACAGAAAAGUAACCUCGUGGAAUCGGCCCGACAGGGUCGGGAUGGAAUCGAGACGAAGCAUAUUCGUAGCGGAGAACAACGGAGGUGAUAAGAAAAAGGACGUUAACAUUCGAAGAAUUUCUGUUCUGCCCGUCCACAUAGAACUCGAUGACGAUGACUCAGGCGUGAGCUCGGAACCCGGAAAAGAAGGGUACACGACCGACUACACGAGAAAGCAGAAACGAGGGGCCGUCUCUAGUUCGGGGACAGCUGUUGACGAUUUGUGGGAUAGUCGUCUGAAAGAGUUCUCCUACAUCAAUUACAGAAAUUGUCGGUGUAACGAAGUGACCAGCUAUGUUUUUUGGAAACUCCGUCAUCACAUCGAGCGUUCCAAAGACUUUGAAAAAUUGAUGAAGUUGAUGAUAGAGUAUACUGCUGCUUUGAUCCAAACUGCUCAGCCGUUGUUUGCGACGAAAUUUCUUGCAGUCGCUAUUACCCACCUCGAAGUAUUGAAGAUAAAAGAACACGUGGCUCUCGAAGCUCCUGAUUCCGAUUCCGAUAAAGGGAAAACCUUGAUUCUGAUGGGUGACGCAUACGUGGCGUAUGGAAAUUAUUCUCAGGCAAGUAAAUUUUACAUCGAGGCGGUAUCGAUGCGAACCGAAUUGCUGCAUACUGCCAAAGCGGUCUGCUACAGAUCGAUCGUCGAGUCAUUGAAACAUCGGAUGCGAGGUUUUCCUAAUUACAAUGUGAACAAAAUCACCGGCGUGCAGGCAGUUUAUAAUUUUCAAGUCGCUGUGUAUUUGCAUCGAUUGGCAACCAUUUACAUGUUGCAGAAUCAAGCUAAGAUAGCGAAGCUGACCAUUUUGCAGAGCAUUAGAGCUGCAUUCGAAUGCGUAGGUGGUUUCGUGGAAAAGGGAAGAAUAUACUUGACAGCCUUGGAGAUAUUUCAGAAAUUUGAAGGUAACGAGUUCAUCGAGCCACUGGAGAAGCUGAUGGUCACUCUCAUAGACGAGCAGUCUCAUUGGAAGUCUCCAGAAGCGAUCGUCGUCGCUGCUACAGUGUUUCAGACUAUGUUCAACUCCAGAAUCUUACAGGGAAAGCUGUCCGAGGGUAUAGAGAUCGGUAUUAAAAUACUGAAGAUAUGCAACGCUUUACACAUUACCAAAAUCAAGCUCGAUGUACUGCCAUUAUUGAUAGAACUUACGAUUUGGACUAAACAUCUAAACGAGGCAGCAGAUUUAUUACAGGAACUCUACGCUUCGUCCAAGGAGGACACGGAUUAUUCUGCCAUCACUUGGUACCAUGCUCUUUGUUUGGAAUGUAUCUUGGAUGCUGGCAUGAUCGUGAAGUCGUACAGAUCUUGUUUCAACUUUUACCUCAGCACCUAUGCCUCCAAAUUCAAAAGCUGCGUGUUACGCGAUCCUCAGAGUUUCUCUCGACUGGUUACUUGUUUGGCCAUCUGGCAAUUAAGAAUGAACAUGGUUGUGAAUGAAGCGUUGGUGGAAGAUGUCGACGAGUAUACCGAGGGAAUCAACUACGACAACUUUUCACAGAUUUAUAAUUGUGUCAAGGGUCUCGAAUGUUAUAUGUUAAUAUUGAAACGGCGAAUCAACAUCAAGAGAUCGAGCGAUCUCUUCGACAGAGUGCAUAACAUAAAGACGCUAAUUAAAAUCGUUCAAGAAUCGUCGAAUCACGCGAAAUUCGUGAAACCGUUUCUGCAUUUACUGCAAGCAUACAUGGAGCUUCUGCGGGGUCGAAAGGGACCUUGUCACAAUUAUUUACACACGGCUCAUAAAUGUGCCACGUCCCAAGGGAACAAGAUGAUACUUGCUUGGAUCGAGCAGAACAAAAGGACAUGGAAGGAGGCGAAUUUCAACAAUAUGGCACAGUAUUGGGUAGAACACGUGGGUGCGGAAGACGCAAUUCGAUGGCAAGAGAUUCAUAAAUUUGGCAUGAACGCUUGGUCCACCAUAAUGUUCCCUCUUCCAGUCCCGGACUCGACCGUUUAAUGUAACAUAAAGAACGUUAAUUAGGAAUUG